AUUAUGUAGAUUUAUGUAACAUAAGUCAGGAAUUCAAAUGCUACAGAAUGAAUAUUUAUGAUGCAAAUGGUUUAUUGCUGUGCUAAAUGAAUUUUGAUAAAAGUGUACAUCACAGUGCAUGGCCUUGUGAGCUAUGCAUUCAAGACUGGUAGCUGCCACCAACAGUAUGAUAGGCAAGAAAAGAGCCUGGUCUAUGAUUAUCCAGCAGCUGAGUACCUAGCAAAAAGUUAUUCUUGUUGAAGAAUGGAUAAUUUCACUGGUCUCUUUGGAGAUGCAGAUUUAGGGGAUUUGGAUUUGGGUGUGGACUCCUUUGGAGGUCCCCCCGGUCCUACACCAGUGAGCGUAUCUGACCUCGACCUGGCCAAUUACUCCCAGCCAAGCUACACUAAUAUUGGCAGCAACCCUGAGCAGCAGCAGGCACCGUCCCAGCAACCUCAGAAAGCUGGUCAUUUGUCUUGUCAAUCUCAGCCUCAACCCCAACAGCUGCAACCCCAAGGAGGGGGUAUUCCUGGGGGACAACCAAGUUUUGGAGUUCCACCUCAAGGCUACCAGUAUGGCUCCUCAGGAGGAGGAGCUCCCCAGCAGGCACCCAUGGGGCAGUUCUCUAUGGGAGGUCAGUACCGGCCUCCUUACCACAGCCAGGACAUGUAUGGCCAGUCAGCCAUGCCCAGCUGGGGAGGCAACUCUGACCCGUUCAGUGGUCCCCCAUCCCAGCCUGGCUACCCCAUGCCUGGGUCUCAGCCUGGAGGGCGUCAGAUGGGCGGGUAUCAGGGUGGACCUAUGCAAGGCAUGCCUAACAGCCUUCCUCCUGGUCCCCCCCAGCAGCAGUCAGCGCAGCCAGGCAGCAUUGGUCAGAACUACCCUGGGCACGGUAUGCCUCAGGGAUACCAGGGACAACCAAGCCCAUACGCGACAGGGCCGCGCCCGUCGUACCCGAGCUAUGAUCCUCAGCGUGGGCUGGCUCCUGGAGGCUCCAUGAUGUUCCCCGGGGGACCUCAUGGUGGUUCACUAGGAGGUCCUGUUGGUCCCCACCCUGGAGGACCUUUGGGUCCUAGUGGUUCUCAUGGCCCUGGCAACCCUCCGCAGCAGUACGUGGUACGGCCGGCCACUCAGCAGCCCCAGCAGUACGCUAACUUCCCUCAGCCUAGUGCCUCUCAGAUGAUGGCCAGUCACGGUUCUCCGGCAGACAUGUCACGACAAUACAGCACUCAGCACCCACAGGCACCAAGCCACCAGAUACCUAACGGCAGUCCAGCGUAUAGGCCUUCAUACACCCCAUCUGCCACCCAGAUGUCCCCACACUCACAGAUGUCCCCUCAUCCUCAGAUGUCCCCUCGUUCUAUGUCUUCCCCUCACCCCACAUCAUCUCCUGUCCCUAAUCAGUCAACUUCAGGUGCUGCAGGGCAGGCAAAUAGCGCUACAACGUCGAGUGGUGGGGUGGGUUCCAGUCUCCAGCACCUUGAGAAUAUGGUGAAGCCUUCUAUGGGGGCGCCACCGAGCUCGGCACCUACGAGCCAGUCGGGCUUGCAGUCGUCCAUGUACAGCGGACCCUCUGGCAUCCCUAGCCCCAUAUCAAACAGAGGAGCCCCGAUGUCGCCGGGUGUCUCUCGGCCUGUUGGCCCCUCAAUGAGUCCUGUUAUGAGCCCACGGCCCCCCAUGUCUCCUCAACAAUGGGGUACUCAAGCUAGACCUCCUCAAAACUACAACAUGCAGCCUGGAUACCACUCCAGCAUGACAGCUAGAGGGCCUGCGCCAAACAUUGCCCAGUUGCAAGAAAAUAUGCAUCCUGAAAGUAUUGGUAGUGCAAGUGAUAGUAAUACGUUGACUCAAAAUUGUGGCAAUGUGAAUAGUGCUGCUCAGUUGAAUGGACCUUUAUUAAAUGUCAGUGUUAAUAACAGUAAUAGUACUACCGUUGUUAGUGAUAGUGUUAAGGAUAGAUUAGAAAACCAGCAAAGUUUGUUGAACAUUAAUGGUCCAGCUAGUGGGAAGCUCAGUAUACCAGCCAAUGUGCCUCAAUCAACUUCAGCUAUGCCUGCUGUGGACUCAGGUCUGUCAGGUGUGACAAAUGUCGCUGCUGCCACUGCUCCUUCCAGUAUUCCGAACCCUCUGGGAGUCGUGCAGCAGCAACAGCCUGGAGUUCAUGUGCCUCCUAACACAAUGCCAGGAAACACAGCCCCUGGUGCGAUGCCUAUUGGUGGUGCCGCUGCUCCCAACGGCAUGAUGUCGCACAGACCGCCUGGCUCUUUAGCUCCAUGUGGUCCUUAUCCUCAACAGUUCCGCAUGAAUGGACCUCACCAAUACCGGCCUGGCAGCCCGCUGAACAGCAUGCCUCAUCACCAGGGCAUGGCUCCCCGACAGCCGUCGAUGCUGCCGAACAUGUCUCAGUCGAUGAUGCCUCAGCCUCAUCAUCCCUCCAAUUCCAGCGCACAGGCCAUGAGCGUCGCCCCCAACGUCAGCGCUCACCAGAUCAACUCGAUGGCGCCUUCUCAGAUCUCCACCGCUCACCUGCCGCGCUCGCCGCAACCCGUGUCGUCCGCCAGCCAGCAUUUUAGUAUGGGGGGUAUGACAGACCUGCCGUCACCUCACUCCUCCCACACCAACCAUGCUAUGAGUAGACCGGCCACUGUUUCGUCGCCCGCCAUGUCCCAGCAGUUGUCCGCGAGUGCUGGCUCUUCCUCUGGCUUGAUGAGCCAGGCAAACUUGCAGGGUUCCGGCAUGAUGUGCUCGUCGCCCCUACAGUUGCAGCCAUGCGGGUCCCCACAAAUGAUGCAGCAGGAUUCCUAUUUGCAGAGUGGCUCGCCAAGCACCAAUACUGGGUCGUCUCCGCUACCCAACAACUCAGGUGCUGACGCCACAAGGCUGUCCCCAAUGGGGACUGGUAUGUCAUCGGGAUGUCCGACGCAGGUGCCGAGUUCGGGGAACACAGAACAGCAUCCAGACAGCAGCCCCCACCACUUGAGGCCCAACAGUCAGGGACCCAUGAUUCAAAAUUUAGAUGGCAUGAGUGGUGGCCCCUUGUCGAUGGGAGGCUCAAACCAGAGAUCGUUUUCCCAGCAUGGAAACAUGGGAUUCGGAAAUACGAGUUCAAUGGGCCCAGCCCACAUGCGACCCAACUCCUCAUUAGGGAUGCACGGCAGCAGCGGGGCGCCAAGAGCUCCCUCCCCGUGUGGGCCUAACGGGUCCCCAGGCAUGUCAAUGGGCGGUGCCAGCCCUAUGAUGCCAUCUUCAGGGCCCGGGCUUGCUGGCCCACCCCUGCAUGACCCAAUAAUGAUGCAGCAGAGGUCAGCCGGGCCGACCCCCACUCCAGGCAGACCUGAGAUCCCCAGUCCUCUUCGAGCCCCGGGCUCUCAAAUGCCCAUCGGGACUCCAGAUGACGCAGAUAUGGUGGGGUCUGGGUCUUCCCCCAGCACUCAGCCGUGCGGGGGAUCAGGCGGUGGCCAGUUAGGCACGGCUUCUCCCAUGCUUCACGGCAGCCCUCAAAUGAACCAGGGGAGUCCUGUGCCAUUAAGACCGCAAGACCUCAACCAACCUAUGGGUGGGGUCACUCCACUGGGAACCAAUGGUCCUGGCCCAAUGAAUAUGGGAGGAUCCAACGGUCAGAUGCUUCCAGGACCACCCGCCAUCAGUCUACAUGCGCCUAUUAUUGGUCCCGGUGGGAUGAUGUCCAGUAUUCCUUCCGCGGGUCCAUUAGGGCCCGGGAUGAGACCUGUUGGCCCGAACAUGAUGGGGCCUCGGGGACCAAGUGGGCCAGUGAUGAUGCCUCUCAUGCCUGGUCAGCCGCCGCCUAACCUGCAGUUUGAGCUGCAGCAGUGCCAGCAGCAGCUGCAACAGCUCUAUAAAAUGCCUCAAAAUCUCCAAACGCAGCAGCAGAUAAACGACAUACAGCAGCGCAUCAAUCAACUCCAGCAACAACAACAACAGUUCAUGCAGUCGCAAGCAAUGUUUGUGCCUCCUGGCGCCGCUCCUGCUCUAGACGGAUCUGCCCCAAGCACCCCUGAACCUGGCACUCCGACCUCUAAGAAGAAGAGGGUUCGAGCUCCUCCCAAGCCCAAGACGCCUAAAGCUCCCAAGCCUCCUAAGGAACCCAAGCCCAAGAAAGAGCCAAAGCCCAAGAAAGAAGUUAAGCCCAAAACUCCUAAGGAGCCGAAGGACCCGACUGAGGCUAAACCCAAAAGAAUUCGAAACAGAACUCCCAAAACUCCCAAAGAUCCAAAUGAACCGAAGACGCCGAAGAAAAGAGUUCGAGGGAAGAAAGCAUUGGAAGCGCAGAAAGCUGCUGCUGAAAAUGCUUCCGCUGCACCCGGUGCCGAUGAGAUUGCAGUUAGUGCGGAUGAUUCAAGCGCUGCUCUCGGAGAAGCUGAGGUCGUGCCUGAAGCGGCGCCCUGCGUCGAAGAGUCAAACGAAAAUUUGACGUCUGACAUGGAACCUACGGCAGAUGGUGAAACUGCUAAGCUGGACAACGUGGGAGAUGGAGUGGUACCUGCUGACGGCGAAGAGAAGCCACUCUCGUUCGGGGCUGCUCUUGACCAAAGUGCUAAGGAACAACAAACUACAACCCCUAAGCCCAAAAAACCCAGAAUUAGGAGCACUGCCUCAUCUAAAAAGAAACCUGCUGCUAAGUUGGCAAUACCUACAAAGCGGAAAAGGAAGAGACGAGGUUCUGAAUCUGACUUUUCGGACAACGACGAGCAAUCAAAGAAAAAGAAAGCUGCCAAGGAGGAAGAAGACGACGAUCCUAAUAAGAGACGAUCUGGUCGAAAUCAAACAGCUGGCUCCCGUAAAAAGUACAUUGAUGAACUGGACUUGGACUUGUCCGACGACAACGACUCCCCUGCCGUUGCCCCGGCUGGCUCGGAAGGCGACAGACCUAACAUGGUUUAUGUGGACCCUAAUAAUGAGGACUCAAUGGUGGUUCAGUUUAUUCUCAAUAUGCGCAUGGGAGAACGCGAGGUAAUAUCCGACUCUGAAGAUGAGGAAGAGAAGCCAAAAGCUAAGAAGCUAGAGACUACUCAGCCUGAUAAUUCUAAAUCACCUGAUGAAACUCGAAAAACCGAGGCCGAAGCUGGGAAUGAAAUGACGAAGCCUAAAGAAGAAGAAACUAAGGCCACAAGCCUAGGCGAAGAGGCGAAGCUCGAGGACCAAACUGGUGGAGAAGAGAAAAUGGAAGUUGACGGCGAGGAGACCAAACCUGAGGUCAAGACAAAUGAGCCUAUCAACGACACAUCCACCUCUGAAUCUCCGAGAAAAAAGAAAUCUUCUGGAAAGAAAAUCCCAGUCGAAGAAUACUUUGUCAAGUACAAAAACUUCUCUUAUUUGCACUGCGAGUGGCGGACAGAGGAGGAGCUUAUGAAAGGAGAUAAAAGAAUAGUUGGUAAAAUUAGGCGCUUUAUGCAAAAGCGUUCGGCUAGCAUGAACAUAAUGGACUUUUUGGAGGAAGAGUCUUUCAAUCCUGACUACAUCGAAGUUGACAGAAUUCUAGAUUCCUCAGAAACUGUUGCUGAGAAUGGUCAGAUAGUCCGCCAUUACCUCGUCAAGUGGAAGUCUUUGCCUUAUGAAGACUCCACGUGGGAGCUCGAAGACGACGUCGACAUUGCCAAAAUUGAAGCGUAUAAACUCUUCAAAGAUCCUCCGCCUCGCAACGAGCGCAAAGUUAAGAAGCGGCCUUCGCCCAGCGAAUGGAAGAAGCUAGACGAGAGUCCAAUUUAUAAGAAUGAUAAUUCUCUCCGGGAAUAUCAAUUAGAAGGACUGAAUUGGCUCAAUUUUUCAUACUAUAACUCGCACAACUGUAUUCUAGCCGAUGAAAUGGGUCUUGGCAAGACAAUUCAGUCUCUAAGUUUUGUACAUUCUUGUUAUAAAUAUGGUAUCCGAGGCCCAUUCCUCAUCAUUGCACCGCUGUCGACCAUCCCCAACUGGCAACGCGAGUUCGAAAGUUGGACUGACCUGAACGUGAUUGUUUAUCAUGGUUCACAGGCGAGCCGCAACAUGAUACUCGAGUAUGAAAUGUAUUUUAAAGACGAUAAAGGCCAAAGAAUCCCUAAUCUUUUUAAAUUUAAUGUGCUCAUUACAACAUUUGAAGUGAUCAUCACAGACUGUGUAGAACUGAAAGAGAUCAAUUGGCGUGCUUGCAUUAUCGAUGAGGCUCAUCGUCUCAAGAACAGAAAUUGUAAGCUUUUGGAAGGGCUUCGCUUGAUGCACUUGGAGCACAGAGUUCUGUUGUCAGGCACGCCACUGCAGAACAACGUCACCGAAUUGUUCUCGCUUCUAAACUUUCUGGAGCCUUCGCAGUUCGCUGAUCAAGAGGCUUUCAUGAAGGAGUUCGGCAAACUAGAGAGCGAGGAGCAGGUGAAGAAACUUCAAGCUCUCCUCAAACCCAUGAUGCUCAGGCGUAUGAAGGAAGACGUUGAAAAAAGUCUCGCUGCUAAGGAAGAAACAAUCAUUGAGGUUGAGCUCACUAAUAUCCAGAAGAAAUACUACAGAGCCAUCCUUGAGAAAAAUUUCGAGUUUCUCAAGAAAGGCGCAUCAUACGCUAACGUGCCGAGCUUGAUGAAUACUAUGAUGGAGUUACGGAAGUGUUGUCUGCACCCUUACUUGUUGAACGGGGCAGAAGAAACGAUCCAAUCUGAUUACAAAGAAAUGAUAGGUCACAACGUCAGUGAACCCAUCGAUGUAUACCACAACGCCAUUAUUCAAUCAUCUGGCAAAAUGGUGCUCGUCGACAAGCUUUUGCCUCGGUUAAAGCAAAACGGGCACCGAGUGCUCAUAUUUUCUCAGAUGGUUAGAUUAUUAGACAUCAUUGAAGACUACCUCAUCUUCAGAAAAUUUCCAUACGAGCGACUGGACGGCAGAAUUCGCGGUAAUCUCCGGCAGGCGGCCAUCGAUCGAUUUUGUAAACCUGAUUCUGAUCGUUUUGUGUUCUUGCUCUGCACUAAAGCUGGAGGCUUGGGUAUCAACUUGACAGCCGCUGACACAGUCAUCAUCUACGACAGCGACUGGAAUCCCCAGAACGACCUGCAGGCCCAGGCUCGUUGCCAUAGAAUUGGGCAGAAGAAAAACGUCAAAAUUUACCGACUGCUUUGUCGAAACACGUACGAAAGAGAGAUGUUCGAUAAAGCUUCACUCAAACUUGGUCUUGACAAAGCCGUCCUACAGUCUAUGAAUACUGACCAGAAGCCUGCUGCGGGCGGGAACGCUCUUGGUCUCUCAAAGAAAGACAUCGAAGACUUGCUGAAGAAAGGUGCCUAUGGUGCCGUCAUGGAGGAAGAUGGCGGCGAUGACUUCUGUGAAGAAGACAUCGAUCAGAUUCUUCAGCGACGUACGACGGUAAUUCAGCACGAGAGCGAGAAAGGCUCCAGCUUUUCGAAAGCUUCGUUCUCAGCGUCUGCCAACCGUAACGAUAUUGACUUGGAGGAUCCUGACUUCUGGAAGAAAUGGGCCAAGAAGGCUGAAAUAGAUACAGAGGUUCACGAGAAGUCAAGAAAGCAGUUGAUCAUGGAGGAACCUCGGCGUAGAGCCCAGAUUCGACGAUAUGGCCAUGACGAGUCUGUGGUGGACUGCAGCGAUCUCGAGUCUUCUGAAUCUGACAAGGAAGGCAAAGAAAACAAUGAAGAGGAAGAGGAAGAAGACGGUUCAGUAGGUGAUAUUAACAUGCGCAGCUUAAGAGCUAGCAAAUACCGUCCCAGAGGUGGCCGUGGUCGCGGCAGAGGCAGUCGCGGAGGCAGGUGGGGCCCAAGAAGUUCUCGGUUCGCCCCUGAAGAAGAGUUCAAUGAUACCGAUGAAGUCAGAUACGGAUACUGGACUAGGUCAGAGUGUUUCAAAGUAGAGAAAGGUUUGCUAACCUACGGCUGGGCGCGAUGGAAGGAAAUCUUGAAGAGUGCCGAGUUGCGUUCAGCGUGGGGCGAGAAUCACGUGCAGGAUUGUGCUAGGAUGAUUCUGCUCUACUGCAUCAAGUUCUACAAAGGCGAUGAUAAGAUUAAAAGUUUUAUCUUCGAUCUCAUCGCGCCUACUCUGGACGGCGAAACCAAAGUUCAUCGUAAUCACAUCGGCUUGUCAGCUCCCGUUCCGAGAGGUCGUAAAGGCAAGAAGAAGUUGCGUGAGGCCAAGAUGGUAGCAUCGCUCAUAGAAGGAUCUGAUUGGGCAAAAGACGAUAAAUUCGACCCAGACAUCCAUCUGGAUCAGGGCUACUCUCGUCACCUCACAAGACAUGCUAACAAAGUUCUUCUGCGGGUCCGUCUUCUCUUCUAUAUCAAGCAGGAGAUCGUCGGAGACUUGGCGGAGCAGAUCGAAAGUGGCGCGAAAAGUGCCGACAUUCCAAUCUACCCACCACCGACGGAGCUGCCGCCCAAACCGUGGUGGGACGCAGAAGCGGACAAGUCACUGCUGGUUGGCGUUUACAAGCACGGCUACGAGCGCUACAGCGUCAUGCGCAACGACCCCGCGCUUUGUUUCCUUGCCAGAUGCGGCCCUCCUGACAAGGCAGCGCUGCAGGCUGAGAUGAGCAUUGCAGUGAAUGAAGAGGACAUGGAUAAGGAAGAUAAAGAAGACGACAAGGAAGACGAAGACUCGAACCACACGCCGUUGCCCGGGAGCCCGGCCGUGUCGUGCUCCACUACGCGCUCUGACGAAGACAAGCUUGAAGACAAGGACAAAGAGGAAGGCAUCCAUGCGGUGCGACAGUACCUGUCCUACCCCAGCACAUCUGACAUCAAUGGCCGCCUCCGAAGGGUCGUCACUUCUUAUCAGCGCAGCAACAGGAAGGUCGAAAUGCGCAAUGAAGUCAAGGGGCUCGACCACUACCUGGCGGACAAGAUAUUGCGGCGUGAACGAAUGGCCGAGUACAUCCGAGAGCGCGAGCUGCGACGCUCUGACUACAAUCAGCGGCGCUGGAGCAACAGAGAACAGGCUGAGUUCUACCGCACCAUUUCCACUUAUGGCGUCGAGUAUAUCAGGAAAGAGAAACGUUAUGACUGGACGAAGUUCCGUCAAUUGUCUCGCUUGGACAAGAAGUAUGACGAGACGCUGUCUGAAUACUUCCGUGCGUUCAUGGCCAUGUGCAAACGGCAGUGCGGCAUCAGGCUCUCCGAGGGCGAGAAUGCUAAAAUUUAUGCUGUGGGUGUUGACCGGCUUCCUGAAGAGCGAGCUCGUCGCGUGCUGGAGCGCGUCGACCUCCUCAACAGGUUGCGUAACGACGUCCUGCCCAGCCCCGCCCUAGAGAGCGCAUUGCAGCUCGCACUGCCAUCAAGAGAUAUGCCUGACUGGUGGAUCCCUGCCAAGCACGACCUCGACCUCAUCAAGGGAGUAGCUCGGCACGGUUUAGGUCGGACAGACUACUAUAUCCUCUACGACAACGACCUCUGCUUCCGAGAGAUAAUCCGUCGUCACAAUUCUGGCGAGCCUCUCAUUACGGCGCAGGAGAAGAACGAGCUCUACAAAAAGUUUUUCCCUGAAAAGAUGCCGAAGCAAGGAAAUCAAUUACCGCCUGAAGAAAAACCGGUACAAAAGAAGGAAAAUGUCGACAUGCCAAAAAAGGUGGAGGUUAAUGCUGUUGAAAGUGAAGCGGAGGGAAAACCUCUGAAGGCAGACGAAAAACUUAACCCGGCUGAAGAGAGUAAAGAAAGCGUACCUGAAAUCAAUAAAAUAGAUGAAAAGGAGCCGGCAAAUAUUGAUGAUGAAGCUGCUAAGAUGGAAACCGAGAAAAUAACUGAAGAAGACGAGCAAGAAGCGCCUAAAUCUGAAGGCUCGCCGAAGCUUGAUGAGAAAUCAGGGAUGCUUGAUGAAAAUGAAACUACUAAUCUUUCGGAGCUAGGAGAAUCUCAAAGUGCUGUUGUGGCUCACUCAGAUGAAAAUGAAAUUACUGAUCGUGAGGCAGAGAAAAUUAGGGAAGAGUCCAUUUUAACAUCCAAUCUUGCCUCUGGUGAAACUAUGGAGCAAUCUGCCAUUGCCGCCCCUUCGGAAGCCAACCCCAACAAGAAAGUCGAAGAGGGAGAAAAACCUAAUUCUAAUGAAAAUUCAAAUGAGAAAGAAGAAUCCAAGUUAGAUGACGUUGAAGAUUCGCAACCCAAUCUCGAGUGUAGCCCUGAUGGUUCCACUGUCGGUGAUAGAAAUAACGGAGUUGAAAAUUCUUCAGACGCAGUUGAAGCCAAUCAAUUGAUAGAAUCCAGAACUGAAUCUGAAAAUGAUUCAAUAAUAAAGGCUGACAAAUCUGAAGUUAAAGAAGAGUCAAUUCAGAAGGUGGAAAAUACUGAUAUUAAGAAUGAGGAAGAUGUUCCCUCCAAUUCUGUGAAAGAGGAAGAAAAGGUUGACGAAGAGAAGCCUGAUCUUGAGUUAAUACCGGUCAAGACUGAUUUGAAACCAAAGGAUGCGUUGCUCAGCCUUCAGCAGAUGGACGAAGCCAUGGCCAAACUGGGAGCUGCCAACCUCGAUCCCUUGGUGACGAGUGAGCCCACCGUCGCACAGCUCCUGGCGCAGUCAGCCGCAAAUCCUAUCAAGUGGCCAAAAGAAAGAGCUAUACAAAAUAGGGUUGAACAUAUUAUGUACGCUGUUGAGAAGAACAGAUGGCCUGUUGACAAGUAUUUUCAGACCACUGAUUCCGAAUCUCGUGAUAUGUUGUUGCAUCACCAUCAUCAGCAGAUGCAGCAACAGCAACAGCAGCAACUACAACAUCAACAGCAGAUGCACGAGUCUGAAAGACAGCGAGCGGUUGAUGCCGAGUUGGAGCGAGCUCAGCUCCAUGCUCUCUUGCAUCCAAACCUACAUCAUACGUUAGGUUUGAAUAAGGGAGGACUAUCAGCAAGUAGCCUUAGAUCAUUCCUCGAGUCUGAAGGAAGAGAGAAAUUAUCUCAAAGUGACAGCAAUGCCCUACGUCAGUUGCAAGCUCUACAGGGUUCUCUUGAUCUUACGAUUCGACCAGUGUGCAGUAAUGCCAGUCAAGCUCAGCUCGUGGAAAGCAUGGCUGCUCUUGCCCCACCUCCGAGGAGAGGGCCUGGUAGACCUAGACUGGAUGACCCGUUACGUGCCGCCGAGAAGCGGAUGGCUGAGCAGCUUCACCAUCUCCAGCCUCAAGAGAAGAAGCGAAGGAAGCUAGACGAAAUUGUCAUGGGACUUUCAAGUAAAAGCAAAGGUCCUGAUCAAAUCACCUCGCUCCCUAAGGAUACUAAUCCUCUUUCUUUAUUGAGAGGCUCGGCUGUUUCACUGUUAUCUCGUGACAAAAGUAUUCUAACAAACGCUAUUUCUAGUCCUCGCCUCUCCACUAGUAUUAGUAUAUCUCAGUCUUCUGACCACAAACGGCCCGACAGCAGAGACGGGCCGUCAACUCCAUCCAAAUCAAACCACACAGUGGAUUCGUCUAGUGGUCGACUUGUUAACAAAACCGAUUUACCUCCGGGCAUCAGCUUACCUCCAGGAAUUGAACUGUACAGACCUAAUGAGAGCAAAGUCGAUAAGUGGCUGGAACAACACCAAGGCUUCCUUGGUGAGGGCUCUCCGUCCAAGGAAAGUGCCUCCAGCAGUUCAAGUCGCAAGCGGCGUUUGGAGGACUGGAGUUCUCAACUCACUGGCGAAGAGCAUGUCCCGCUAAUACAUUCCAAGACUGGCCAGAAAGUACCAAGCAGCGAUUCUCCCAAGUUGAAAAACCUGCAAUUGUGGCUUAUGGAACAUCCUGGAUUUGAAGUUGAUCCCAACUGGGCUGAGGCGAUGACCAGAGAGCGUUUACCCUCUCUCACAUCAAGCUUCCCCGAUAUCCACAAGCGCCUUGCAGAUAAAAGAUUCCAACAUCCUAGUUCAUCACCUAACCCCCCUGUGAGCUCGCCAGCAACAGCCACUCCCCCUUCGGCGUCCCCCUCCUUAUACCAACCGUCCCCGUCGCCGAAAAGUGGUCACAUUGACCCUUAUGAUCUUAGAAAUCCACUCACGCUUUCUGCUCUCACAGGGAUCGAUCCAAAAAUCCUUGCAUCCAUUGAUCCUAAAACUUUGGCAUGCCUCGACCCUAAGAUGUUGAGUGCUUUUAAAACCCCUGGAUUAGAUAGCAAAUUACUUGCUAGCAUGGGCAUGGAUUCGAAAAUUUUCAAUAUGCCUUCUUCGCGAUCGCAAGAUUCUCCUAAACCUUCUACCUCACAUUCCCCCAAAAACGACUGCCGAAAUUUAUUGGCUGGAAUAGACCCUAAGAUAAUUGCUGGUCUGGAUCCCAAAAUGCUGGCUGGAUUAGAUCCAAAGAUUUUGUCCAGCUUAGAUCCGAAGAUAAUGGCUGCCUUACUGGAUCCGAAAGGCAUGGGUGUUGGACCGAGUGGUAGCGGCGGCACCACGACGCGCAACAGUAGCCCGAGUCCCAGUGGUAGUACCAGCAGUGCAGGGAAGUCUCGCAACGCACAUCAGUCAAGUCCUCAACUCGAUUAUAAAAUGUUAGCGGGCAUGGAUCCCAAACUCUUGGCAAGCCUCGACCCCAAGAUGCUGCAGCAUGCAGGCUUUGAUCCCAAAAUAUUAGCAUCCAUGAUUGGUGCUGAUCCGAAGAUGUACGGUUUUGACCCAAAAAUGAUGGGUUACAAUUUUGAUCCAAAAUUAUUGGCUAAUCUCGAUAUGGACCCAAAGAUGCUUGCUAGUUUGGACCCUAAAUUCUUGGCAAGUCUAGGGCUUGAUCCCAAAAUGUUCGGUAUUGACCCUCAACUGUUCGGAGGAGCAGAAUCUAAAUCUAACUCUAGCAAUAUAGACUCAAGAAUGCUCGGAGGCCUCGAUCCCAAGAUUCUUCGCAGUCUUGGUUUGGACCCCAAAGCAAUCGCUAGUAUGGACCCUAAAAUUCUUCAAAGUCUUGGGCUGGACCCUAAAAUGUUCGCCGGUGCAAGUGCUGAACCUAAAGCCCCUGCUGGCAUUGAUCCAAAACUCUUAGCGAGUUUAUGGCUCGACCCGAAAAUGCUUUCGAAUAUUGAUCCCAAGUUACUAAGCAGCAUGGGUCUUGACCCUAAAAGCAUGGCAGGCCUUGGGUUCGAUCCUAAAAUUUUAUCUGGCGGAGGUAUUGAUCCCAAGCUACUUGCAGCGUCUGGUUUUGAUGCUCGAAUGUUAGCGAGCAUCGAUCCGAAAGUUAUGGCUAGUUUGGGCAUCGAUCCGAGAUUAUUUGCUGGCAUGGAUUCAAAAUCGAUGGCCGCUCCCGAAACAAAGCCUAAUUAUGACUCCAAGAUAGGAGGGUUGGAUCCUAAAUUUCUUGCAAGUUUGGGCUUUGAUUACAAGACCCUUGCUUCUCUUGAUCCCAAAAUGCUUGCUAGUCUUGGACUUGAUCACAAGAUGCUUGCUAGUUUGGACCCUAAGAACUACCGAAGUCAGAAGAAGGCGAGCGAGCCUCGGCGGCAAUCAACGAGCAGUAGCCUAGACACCAACAAGCUGAUGGGAGGCUUGGAUCCCUCACUGCUAGCUAACAUGGAUCCUAAGAUGUUGGCUAGCCUUGGUAUCGAUCCUAAGCAACUCGGACUGGACCACAAGAAAAUAAAUCUGAGUAAAGAAAACAAAGCAUCGUCUUCGCCUGCUACUUCAAUGCCGGGAGGCUUUGACGCCAAAACUAUGAAUGCUCUUGAUCCCAAAAAUUUGCCUUUACUUGACCAGAAAAUGCUUGCUAGUUUAAGCAUGAUGGAUCCUAAGAUCUUGGCGUCUAUGUACGGUGGUAUUGAUCCUAAGCAAUUCGCGGCAUUGGAUCCAAAGAUGGCUCCAAGUUUUGACCCAAGGAUGCUGGCCAGUCUAGAUCCUAAAGUUUUGGCGAGCAUGGGUAUUGAUCCUACGAUGCUGAUGAUGAUGGCUGGUAUGCCUGGCAUGAGCAAUCCAUUCAUGGGCGGUUUGCAGGGCUUCGGUAUUCCUGGCCUCGGUAUUCCAGGCAUGCCUCAGACUAGCGAAGCUCAUGCCUCAACCUCCAAAAGCAGAGACGGUGGAAGUUCUUCUAAGAGCUCGUCUUCACAAGCUGCUAACCAGGCAGGGCUUCUAUCAGGGAUGUUUGGCGGCGCUUCGGCAGCCAGUUUACUAUAUCCGCACUUGGCUGGCAUUCCAUCUUUCCCAGGGAUGCCUCAAAGUUCUACUUCUUCGUCUUUGCUCAACGGUCUCACGUCUCCAAGCGGACGAAGUCCACGUCUUGAAGCCGGCCAAGAUCAGCGAGGCAGCUCUUCUAAACAAUCCCAAUCCAAAGACAAAGUUAACACAGGACUGUCGAAGGAAGAGAGAAAUAUGCUUAAGCACAUGAAAGCCGACAGGCUUGCCCGUGAGAUGGAGUCGCAACCUUCCGAGCCACCUCAAGAUUUGUCUUCCCCCAAGGUAUCACAGGAGCAGCCGGAGAACUUGAGUCGUGCCAACACCCCGGGAACUACUUCUUCAUCAUCGGCUGCUGUCGAGCCUGCACCUGAUGCUGCUGAACCAGAAGAAAAGGAAGACGAAUAAACUAUCUUCAAUUCUCACAGUUUUCUAGCUCAUAUUCAUUGUCAAAAAAAGUCACUUAAUUUAUGUAAAAAAUUCGUUCAUUAACUAGAAAAAUCUUCUUUGAUUUUUCUUGUACAUUUUUUAAUAAUGACAAAGAAAUAUUUGUUGAAAUUACCGACAUUUUGUUUUUACAUCCAGUGAAGACGGUGAAUCAGGGUCACAAUUGACAGUAUUUAUGGACCUUUUUCGUUGUCGGUUUCAACCAAAUUUCACACUCGUACGGAAGGCCUACGCUUAUGUGAAUACUGUACCUUUUAACUUUGUGUUAAUCCGUUUAAUAUAUUUAACACGUGGCUUGACUCCGCUCGUUCCCAUGAAUAUUUUCCUUCUCUCAGAGGGUGUGGUUUAGUUUUCUCGUUACUAUUAGAAAAUGACGUGAUUAUGCGUUGUUUGUAUUUAAUUUAAAUUAUGUAAUUUAUGUCUCGCGUUAGAAAGUUAAGAAUUCGCAGCAGGUGAAAUCAGGGAUUACCGCCCCACAUAACUCGUCUUAGGUAUUUAUUACAUUUGAAGUUGAAGAUAAUAUUUCUAUUUUGUGACACUUCUUGUGAAUUACCUGACAUUCUUAACUUUCCGUUAUUUGCCGUGCUUAGAGCUGAGCUCCCGUUUCUCUCCACUUGACCAGAAACUGUGAUACUCAAUUGACGUGACAUCUGCUCCCCUUGACGCCACAUUCUUGGAGUAUUAAUUGCUGGAAAUGUGGGUAUUGAUUUGUUGUGCAAGUCUGAAUAUCCAUGACUGCGUGCGACGCAGCUUUGUUGAACAAACAAUUGUAUUGUAGUGUUGUGCUAAGGACUUCUACUCUAGAUCUGAUUAUGGAUAGUUAGAUUCAGGCAUACAUUCGUUCAGGUGUCAUUUCGGGAAUUGAAAAAUCAGUUUCACUGUUCCAGUAGAAAACACAUUUUAUAGUUAGUGUCUCUUAAAUGUGCUUUAUAAGUCGAGUACAACUUUUUUUCUUGUUUUUCUUUAGGAAGGCUCUACUCUCUUGCUUGUAAAUACUAUGAUAUCGAAUUUUGUAAAACGUAUGUAAAUUAGUGUUCACUAAAUUAAAGAGGGAAUAUAGUGAACAUGUUUUAUAUUAUA